AUGGACGUCAUCAUUAGAACGGCAACACAACCCAGUGGGGCGGGGUUUAACAACAAAGUGGGUGGGGCUUCGGUGGCGUUGUCGGCGACCAGUUGGUUCGCCUUCCUCUAUGGGUUCGCCCUGCUGUCAAUCACCCAGUUUCCCACGGCGAUGGGCGACUGUUGGCUGAUUGAGGGGGAGAAGGGCUUUGUGUGGUUGGCUAUCUGCAGCCAGAACCAGCCCCCUUACGAAGCUAUCCCUGCCCACAUCAACAGGUAAGAACCAACCCCCUUACAAAGCUAUCCCUGCCCACAUCAACAGAUAAGAACCAGCCCCCUUACAAAGCUAUCCCUGCCCACAUCAACAGAUAAGAACCAGCCCCCUUACAAAGCUAUCCCUGCCCACAUCAACAGAUAAGAACCAGCCCCCUUACAAAGCUAUCCCUGCCCACAUCAACAGGUAAGAGGGGCAGAUUUAGGGUUGCAAUAUUCCGGUAACUUUCCCAAAAUCAGUGAUUUUAUUUGGUUUAUUAAACAUAAUUUGUGUUGUUAAUAUGUUCUUUAUCCCAUUUUCUGCUUCUUGUAUGCAUUUGCUUCCUUUCAUUUGAUUGAAUGCAUUUUAUUAAAUUGCAUAAAUUUCCAGAGUUCCUGCUUAUUCCCACCUGAUUCUAGGAAUAUUCCAACCGGGAUUUCUGGAUAACCUGGUAAAUUUGGGAAAGUUACGGGAAUUUUGCAACCCUAGGCAGACAGCAUUGUUUUAGGCAUUCUGUGUGUUUUAGGCAUUCUUUGUUCAUCAAUUUUUACUGCUCCUUGUUAGGUUUUACUUGUUGUCAUGUGAUUGUUUUACUGUAAAUUGCGUUCGAAGAAAAGAAAGAAGCAGAACACUGCUCUUGCCAGUUUCACGUUAAUACAUUUAUUAAGCUUUAUCAACCUGUAUCAACCUGUUGACAUUUAUCAGAGCUUUUUUUUGUAAACGUGUGUUUUUUUGCACAAGUUUAAAUGCACUUUAGAUAACGUUUGAUUUGAACAGCACCAUCGUGGACCUGAGGCUCAACGAGAAUAAGAUCAAGAGUAUCCAUUUCUCAUCGCUCAGCCGCUUUGGGAACCUGACAUACCUGAACCUCACCAAGAACGAGAUCUCGUACGUGGAGGAUGGAGCCUUCUCUGCCCAGUUCAACCUACAGGUUGGUCCUGAACUGCACACUUUUACUGGCUCAAAUAGCUGACCAAUCAGCCUGUUACCAACCCUUAGUAAACUUUUGGAGAAAAAAAAAUUGUGUUUGACCAGAUACUGUGCUAUUUUACUGUAAACAAAUUGACAACAGACUUUCAGCAAGCUUAUAGGGAAGGACAUUCAACAAGCACAGCACUUACGCUAAAUGACAGAUGAUUGGCUGAGAGAAAUUGAUAAAACGUUUGUUUGAGCUGUUUUGUUAGACUUCAGUGGCGCUUUUGACAUUAUCGAUCAUAGUCUGCUGAUGGAAAAAGGUAUGUGUUAUGGCUUUACACCCCCUGCUAUAUUGUGGAUACAGAGUUACCUGUCUAACAGAACACAGAGGGUGUUCUUUAAUGGAAGCCUCUCCGACAUAAUCCAGGUAGAAUCAGGAAUUCCCCAGGGCAGCUGUCUAGGCCCCUUAUUUAAAAAAAAAAAAUCUUUCCUAAUGACAUGCCUGCCACUGGCCUUGAGUAAAGCCAGUGUGUCUAUGUAUGCGGAUGACUCAACACUAUUCACGUCAGCUACUACAAAGAGCUGGAGUUAGUUUCAGAAUGGGUGGCAAGGACAGACAGUACAGACAGUACAGACAGCGCCGGAGAAGAUGGCUGCCGUUUUACAGCCCUCUAACCAAUUGUACUAUUAUGUGUGUUUUUCCGCGUUAUUUGUAAUUUAUUUUGUACAUAAUGUUUCUGCCAUCGUCUCUUAUAACCAAAGAGAGCUUCUGGAUAUCAGGACAGCGAUUACUCACCUCGCAUUGGACGAAGAUUUUUUCUUCAACGAGGCGUUCGCGAAGGAUAUCCUACAGACACCCGACAAGGCCCAGAUCCCCGUCAUUCGCGUGAGGAAGAGACGGAGAUAUCCGGGUGCCUUGUAAGGAUCCGACGGCGAGCGAGUAAACUGCCUCUCCCAUCAAUCCUAUUAGCCAACGUUCAAUCUUUUGAGAAUAAAAUUGAUGAUUUAAGAUUACGGUUAUCCUACCAACGGGACAUUAAAAACUGUAAUAUCUUAUGUUUCACGGAGUCGUGGCUGAACGACAACAAUGAUAACAUUCAGCUAGCAGGCUAUACGCUACAUCGACAGGACAGAACGGCAGACUCUGGUAAGACAAGGGGUGGCGGUCUCUGUAUAUUUGUAAACAACAGCUGGUGCACAAAAUCAAAUACUAAGGAAGUCUCAAGGUUUUGCUCGCCUGAGGUAGAGUAUCUUAUGAUAAGCUGUAGACCACACUAUUUACCAAGAGAGUUUUCAUCUAUAUUUUUCAUAGCUGUCUAUUUACCACCACAAACCAAUGCUGGCAUUAAGAUUGCACUGAAUGAGUUGUACAAGGCCAUUAAUCAACAGGAAAACGCUCAUCCAGAUGCAGCGCUCCUAGUAGCCGGGGACUUUAAUGCAGGGAAACUUAAAUCCAUUCUACCUAAUUUCUACCAGCAUGUUAAAUGUGCAACCAGAGGGAAAAAAACUCUAGACCACCUUUACUCCACACACAGAGACGCAUACAAAGCUCUCCCUCGCCCUCCAUUUGGCAAAUCUGACCAUAACUCUAUCCUCCUGAUUCCUGCUUAUAAGCAAAAACUGAAGCAGGAAGCACCAGUGAUUCGGUUAAUAAAAAAAGUGGUCAGAUGACGCAGAUGCUAAGCUACAGGACUGUUUUGCUAGCACAGACUGGAACAUGUUCCGGGAUUGAGGAGUACACCACAUCAGUCACUGGCUUCAUCAAUAAGUGCAUCGAUGAUGUCGUCCCCACAGUGACCGUACGUACAAACCCCAACCAGAAGCCAUGGAUUACAGGAAACAUCCGCACUGAGCUAAAGGGUAGAGCUGCCGCUUUCAAGGAACGGGACUCUAACCCGGACACUUAUAAGAAAUCCCGCUAUGACCUCCGACGAACCAUCAAACAGGCAAAGAUUCAAUACAGGUCUAAGAUUGAAUCAUACUACACUGGCUCUGACGCUCGUCGGAUGUGGCAGGGCUUGAAAACUAUUACAGACUACAAAGGGAAGCACAGCCGCGAGCUGCCCAGUGACACAAGCCUACCAGACGAGCUAAACCACUUCUAUGCUCGCUUCGAGGCAAGCAACACUGAAGCAUGCAUGAGAGCACCAGCUGUUCCGGACGACUAUGUGAUCACGCUCUCCGUAGCCGAUGUGAGUAAGACUUUUAAGCAGGUCAACAUUCACAAGGCCGCAGGGCCAGACGGAUUACCAGGACGUGUACUCCGAGCAUGUGCUGACCAACUGGCAAGUGUCUUCACUGACAUUUUCAACAUGUCCCUGACUGAGUCUGUAAUACCAACAUGUUUCAAGCAGACCACCAUAGUCCCCGUGCCCAAGAACUCUAAGAUAACCUGCCUAAAUGACUACCGACCCGUAGCACUGACGUCUGUAGCCAUGAAGUGCUUUGAAAGACUGGUCAUGGCUCACAUCAACAGCAUAAUCCCAGAAACCCUAGACCCACUCCAAUUUGCAUACCGCCCCAACAGAUCCACAGAUGAUGCAAUCUCUAUCGCACUCCACACUGCCCUCUCCCACCUGGACAAGAGGAACACCUACGUGAGAAUGCUAUUCAUUGACUACAGCUCAGCAUUCAACACCAUAGUGCCCUCUAAGCUCAUCACUAAGCUAAGGAUCCUGGGACUAAACACCUCCCUCUGCAACUGGAUCCUGGACUUCCUGACGGGCCGCCCCCAGGUGGUAAGGGUAGGUAACAACACAUCUGCCACACUGAUCCUCAACACGGGGGCCCCUCAGGGGUGCGUGCUCAGUCCCCUCCUGUACUCUCUGUUCACCCAUGACUGCAUGGCCAGGCACGACUCCAACACCAUCAUUAAGUUUGCCGACGACACAACAGUGGUAGGCCUGAUCACCGACAACGAUGAGACAGCCUAUAGGGAGCAGGUCAGAGAUCUGGCCGUGUGGUGCCAGGACAACAACCUCUCCCUCAACGUGACCAAGACAAAGGAGAUGAUUGUGGACUACAGGAAAAAAAAGAGGACUGAGCACGCCCCCAUUCUCAUCGACGGGGCUGUAGUGGAACAGGUUGAGAGCUUCAAGUUCCUUGGUGUCCACAUCACCAACGAACUAUCAUGGUCCAAACACACCAAGACAGUCGUGAAGAGGGCACGACAAAGCCUAUUCCCCCUCAGGAGACUAAAAAGAUUUGGCAUGGGUCCUCAGAUCCUCAAAAAAUUCUACAGCUGCACCAUCGAGAGCAUCCUGACUGGUUGCAUCAUCGCCUGGUAUGGCAACUGCUUGGCCUCUGACCGCAAGGCACUACAGAGGGUAGUGCGUACGGCCCAGUACAUCACUGGGGCAAAGCUCCCUGCCAUCCAGGACCUCUAUACCAGGCGGUGUCAGAGGAAGGCCCUCAAAAUUGUCAAAGACUCCAGCCACCCUAGUCAUAGACUGUUCUCUCUGCUACCGCACGGCAAGCGGUACCGGAGUGCCAAGUCUAGGUCCAAAAGACUUCUCAACAGCUUCUACCCCCAAGCCAUAAGACUCCUGAACAGCUAAUCAUGGCUACCCGGACUAUUUGCACUGCCCCCCCACCCCAUCCUUUUUACGCUGCUGCUACUCUGUUAAGUAUUUAUGCAUAGUCACUUUAACUCUACCCACAUGUACAUAUUACCUCAACUACCUCAACUAGCCGGUGCCCCCGCACAUUGACUCUGCAACGGUACCCCCCUGUAUAUAUAGCCUCCCUACUGUCACUUUAUUUUACUGUAUAUAUAGCCUCCCUACUGUCACUUUAUUUUACUUCUGCUCUUUUUUUCUCAACACUUUUUUUGUUGUUGUUUUAUUCUUACUUUUUUUUGUUUAAAAUAAAUGCACUGUUGGUUAAGGGCUGUAAGUAAGCAUUUCACUGCAAUGUCUGCACCUGUUGUAUUCGGCGCAUGUGACCAAUAACAUUUGAUUUGAUUUGAUUUGAUUUGAUUUGAUUGUUAGUCCUACAUUUUUCACAAACUAAAAGCAUUGUAUUUGGGACAAAUCAGUCACUAAACCCUAAACCUCAACUAAAUCUUGUAAUAAAUGUGGAAAUUGAGCAAGUUGAGGUGACUAAACUGCUUGGAGUAACCCUGGAUUGUAAACUGCCAUGGUCAAAACAUGUUGAUACAGCAGUAGCUAAGUCUGUCCAUAAUAAAGCGCUAUCUGCCUUUUUAACAACACUAUCAACAAGGCAGGUCCUACAGGCUCUAGUUUUGUCGCAGCUGGACUAUUGUUCAGUCGUGUGGUUAGGUGCCACAAAGCGGGACCUCGGAAAAUUACAAUUGGCUCAGAACAGGGCAGCACGGCUGGCCCUUAAAUGUACAUGGAGAGCUAACAUUAAUAAUAUGCAUGUACAUCUCUCAUGGCUCAAAGUGGAGGACAGAUAGACUUCAUCACUACUUGUUUUUGUAAGAAGUGUUGACAUGCUGAAUGGUGUCUGUUUAAACUACUAGCACACAGCUCGGACACCCAUGCAUACCCCACAAGACAUGCCACCAAAGGUCUCUUCACAAUCCCCAAGUCAAGAACAGACUAUGGGAGGUGCACAGUACUACAUACAGUGAGGGAAAAAAGUAUUGGAUCCCCUGCUGAUUUUGUACGUUUGCCCACUGACAAAGAAAUGAUCAGUCUAUAAUUUUAAUGGUAGGUUUAUUUGAACAGUGAGAGACAGAAUAACAACAACAAAAUCCAGAAAAACGCAUGUCAAAAAUGUUAUAAAUUGAUUUGCAUUUUAACGAGGGAAAUAAGUAUUUGACCCCCUCUCAAUCAGAAAGAUUUCUGGCUCCCAGGUGUCUUUUAUACAGGUAACGAGCUGAGAUUAGGAGCACACUCUUAAAGGGAGUGCUCCUAAUCUCAGCUUGUUACCUGUAUAAAAGACACCUGUCCACAGAAGCAAUCAAUCAAUCAGAUUCCAAACUCUCCACCAUGGCCAAGGCCAAAGAGCUCUCCAAGGAUGUCAGGGACAAGAUUGUAGACCUACACAAGGCUGGAAUGGGCUACAAGACCAUCGCCAAGCAGCUUGGUGAGAAGGUGACAACAGUUGGUGCGAUUAUUCGCAAAUGGAAGAAACACAAAAGAACUGUCAAUCUCCCUCGGCCUGGGGCUCCAUGCAAGAUCUCACCUCGUGGAGUUGCAAUGAUCAUGAGAACGGUGAGGAAUCAGCCCAGAACUACACGGGAGGAACUUGUCAAUGAUCUCAAGGCAGCUGGGACAAUAGUCACCAAGAAAACAAUUGGUAAUACACCUCGCCGUGAAGGACUGAAAUCCUGCAGCGCCUGCAAGGUCCCCCUGCUCAAGAAAGCACAUAUACAGGCCCGUCUGAAGUUUGCCAAUGAACAUCUGAAUGAUUCAGAGGAGAACUGGGUGAAAGUGUUGUGGUCAGAUGAGACCAAAAUCGAGCAACUCGCCAUGUUUGGAGGAGGAGGAAUGCUGCCUAUGACCCCAAGAACACCAUCCCCACCGUCAAACAUGGAGGUGGAAACAUUUUACAUUUACAUUUUAGUCAUUUAGCAGACGCUCUUAUCCAGAGCGACUUACAGGAGCAAUUAGGGUUAAGUGCCUUGCUCAAGGGCACAUUAACGUCAUUUAGCAGACGCUCUUAGCCAGAGCGACUCGCAAAUUGGUGCGUUCACCCUAUAGCCAGUGGGAUAACCACUUUACAAACAUUAUGCUUUGGUGGUGUUUUUCUGCUAAGGGGACAGGACAACUACACCGCAUCAAAGGGACGAUGGACGGGGCCAUGUACCGUCAAAUCUUGGGUGAGAACCUCCUUCCCUCAGCCAGGGCAUUGAAAAUGGGUCGUGGAUGGGUAUUCCAGAAUGACAAUGACCCAAAACACACGGCCAAGGCAACAAAGGAGUGGCUCAAGAAGAAGCACAUUAAGGUCCUGGAGUGGCCUAGCCAGUCUCCAGACCUUAAUCCCAUAGAAAAUCUGUGGAGGGAGUUGAAGGUUCGAGUUGCCAAAUGUCAGCCUCGAAACCUUAAUGACUUGGAGAAGAUCUGCAAAGAGGAGUGGGACAAAAUCCCUCCUGAGAUGUGUGCAAACCUGGUGACCAACUACAAGAAACGUCUGACCUCUGUGAUUGCCAACAAGGGUUUUGACACCAAGUACUGUCAUGUUUUGCAGAGGGGUCAAAUACUUAUUUCCCUCAUUAAAAUGCAAAUCAAUUUAUAACAUUUUUCACAUGCGUUUUUCUGGAUUUUUUAUUUUUAUUCUGUGUCUCACUGUUCAAAUAAACCUACCAUUAAAAUUAUAGACUGAUCAUGUCUUUGUCAGUGGGCAAACGUACACAAUUAGCAGGGGAUCAAAUACUUUUUUCCCUCACUGUAGAGCCAUGGCUACAUGGAACUCUAUUCCACAUCAGGUAACUGAUGAAAGCAGUAGAAUCAGAUUUUAAAAAACAGAUACAAAUACACCUUAUGGAACAGCGUGGACUGUGAAGAGACACACACACGUCCACAUGGAUGUUGUAUUGUAAAUAUGUGAUAGUGGAGUAGUGGCCUGAGGGAACACACUAAAUGUAUUGGGUAAAGUGUUAUGAAAUGUAAUGUCAUGUACUAUUGUAAACUGUAUAUAACUGCCUUAAUGUUGCUGGACCCCAGGAAGAGUAGCUGCUGCUUUGGCAGGAACUAAUGGGGAUCCAUAAUAAACCCCAGGAAGAGUAGCUGCUGCUUUGGCAGGAACUAAUGGGGCUCCAUAAUAAACCCCAGGAAGAGUAGCUGCUGCCUUGGCAGGAACUAAUGGGGAUCCAUAAUAAAUCCCAGGAAGAGUAGCUGCUGCUUUGGCAGGAACUAAUGGGGAUCCAUAAUAAACCCACAGGAAGAGUAGCUGCUGCCUUGGCAGGAACUAAUGGGGAUCCAUAAUAAAUCCCAGGAAGAGUAGCUGCUGCUUUGGCAGGAACUAAUGGGGAUCCAUAAUAAACCCACAGGAAGAGUAGCUGCUGCCUUGGCAGGAACUAAUGGGGAUCCAUAAUAAAUAUAAAUACAAAUAUGAUUACUGGGGCUCUAGUGAACUAUGUAGGUAAAGGUAGGAAAGGUACCUUAUGUUACCUUACCUUACCUUGCGUUACCUUACCUUACCUUAUCUUUCCUUAGCUAACCUUUCCUUAGUUAACCUUAGCUUACAUUACCAAACCUCACCCUUUCUUACUCACCUUACCUUUCCUACCUUACCUUACCCUUUCUUACGUUACAUUAAGUUACAUUACCGUACCUUACCCUUUCUUACUCACCUUACCUUUCCUACCUUACCUUACCCUUUCUUACAUUACCAUACGAUGCCCUUUCUUAACUUACCCUUUCCUGCCUUACCUUACCCUUUCCUACCUUACCUUACCAUUUCUUUCAUUACGGUACCUUACCCUUUCUUACCUUACCAUUUCCUACCUUACCUUACCCUUUCCCACCUUACCUUGACCUUUUUAUUCUUAACAUACCCUUUCUUACCAUAUCUUACCCUAUUUUACCCCACCGUACCCUUUCCUACCUUACCCUUUCUUACCUUACCCUACCCUACCUUUCCUUACUGUAUCUUAUCUUCUCUUACCAGGUGCUGCAGUUGGGGUUUAACCGUCUGAGGAACCUAACAGAGGGGAUCCUGAGAGGGCUGGGGAAGCUGCAGUACCUCUACCUACAGGCCAACCUGAUCGAGGCAGUCACCCCCAACACCUUUGAGGAGUGUCCCAACAUAGAGAACAUUGACCUCUCCAUGAAUAGGAUUCAGGUGCUGGACGGAGGCUUGUUUACGGGGCUCAGUAGAUUAACGACCUGUGAACUCUACACCAACCCGUUCAACUGCUCCUGUGACCUGUUGGGGUUUCUGCGCUGGCUGGCCGUCUUCCCGAACAGGUAAAAAGCACCAGUUGACGCAAAAUUGUAUAUUCAAUCUAUUUUCAAUGACUUGUCAAUAAACAGAAAAGUACAAGCUAUUUAUUACAAAAAAGUGUUUCCCUUUCUUAAAUUUUAAAUAAAAAUUACUUCCUGCUUUGACUGCCUUGAACUUGAUUUGACCACAACCCUGGUAACCACCAUAAAAAUGAUCGCUCUGUGUUCCCGACCAGGACCAAUGAGAGGAUGGUGUGUGAUACUCCGGCCGGGUUUUCAGGCUACAACCUCCUCAGUCAGAACCCCAGGAUGCCUGCGAACCGCAACGCUCUGCACAUGCUCAAUAUGGUGUGUAGACUAAAACAUAUUAUUAUUAUUUAAAAAUUCCACCCAAAAACUAUCUUUUGGUAUUUGUUUCAUUAGUCCAUUUUUUAUGUAGUCCCAAAAUGUUUUGCAUGUCAGCAAUCAAGUUUUUAAGAGAUAUAACUUGAAAAAUACAGAAAUACAUCCAGUAUGAUGCAUUAUGCAUCAUAUGAUGCUGCAUUUCUCCACAAUAUUACAGUAAUUGACAAUACAUAUUCCAUAUUUAAAAAACUCAGAUAGAGUUUUGAUACAGUGUAGGCCAUCAUAGUAGGCUGUCAUAGUAACAGUAUAUCAUUAAUAUCAGUUAUAAUACAUUACAUCAUAGUAGGCUGUCAUAGUAACAGUGUAUCAUUAUUAUCAGUUAUAAUACAUUACAUCAUAGUAGGCUGUCAUAGUAACAGCAUAUCAUUACUAUCAGUUAUAAGACAUUACAUCAUAGUAGGCUGUCAUAGUAACAGCAUAUUUCCGCCUGGUAUGGCAACUGCUCGGCCUCCGACCGCAAGGCACUACAGAGGGUAGUGCGUACGGCCCAAUACAUCACUGGGGCCAAGCUUCCUGCCAUCCAGGACCUCUAUACCAGGCGGUGUCAGAGGAAGGCCCUCAAAAUUGUCAAAGACUCCAGCCACCCUAGUCAUAGACUGUUCUCUCUGCAAUCGCACGGCAAGCGGUACCGGAGCGCCAAGUCUAGGUCCAAAAGGCUUCUCAACAGCUUCUACCCCCAAGCCAUAAGACUCCUGAACAGCUAAUCAUGGCUACCCAGACUAUUUACACCCCCACCCCAUCUUUUUACGCUGCUGCUACUCUGUUAAUUAUUUAUGCAUAGUCACUUUAACUCUACCCACAUUUACAUAUUACCUCAACUAGCUGGUGCCCCCGCACAUUGACUCUGCACCGGUACCCCCCUGUAUAUAGCCUCCCUACUGUUAUUUUAUUUUACUUCUGCUCUUUUUUUCUCAACACUUUUUUGUUGUUGUUGUUUUAUUUUACUUUUUUAUUAAGAAAUAAAUGCAUUGUUGGUUAAGGGCUGUAAGUAAGCAUUUCACGGUAAUGUCUACACCUGUUGUAUUCGGCGCAUGUGGCAAAUAGCAAUUUGUCAUAGUAACAGCAUAUCAUUAAUAUCAGUUAUAAUACAUUACAUCAUAGUAGGCUGUCAUAGUAACAGCAUAUCAUUACUAUCAGUUAUAAUACAUUACAUCAUAGUAGGCUGUCAUAGUAACAGCAUAUCAUUACUAUCAGUUAUAAUACAUUACAUCAUAGUAGGCUGUCAUAGUAACAGCAUAUCAUUACUAUCAGUUAUAAUACAUUGUUACAUUGUAUGCUCAUUGAGCAUGGGAAAUGUGCUAUACAAAUGAAUUAUUAUUAUUGUUAUUAUCAUUAUAAUUAUCAUUAUUGUUGUUAUGAUUUUAUGAUUACUUUUAUUUAUAUUUUUAUGAUUAUUGUUAUGGUUGUUUUUAUGAUGAUGAUGAUGAUGAUUAUUGUUAUUAUUAUUAUUAUUAUUAUUAUAGGUGUGUACCGAUGACGGUAGCAACUCUUUGCCGAACAUCAUUGGUCAGUCCGAUUUUACAACCCUCCCGCCGUACUCUCCCUGCGGAUUGGACGACUGCUCUUCUGGAAUGUCCCCAGAGGACCCAAUCAGCAUCAGCCCCACCUACACUGAUCUGAACAACAAGCCUAGCAUGAAGGUGAAACAGGUGAGCCCCAUGUGAAGCUGUUCCUACAGGCUCUAAGGGUCGUGUGUGUGUUUUACUGAGUUUAGAAUGUGCCUUAAGCCACUCCAUAGCUUGAAAUGUCGUGGAUGGAGCCAUCCAAUCGGUACCUUUUGGGUGUCUCAACCCAUUGGAGAACGUUGUCAAAGAGGGCGGUCACGUGUGUUGGUUGGAGCCCAGUAUGGGGCAGUCAGACAGUGGAGGUUUCAAAGGUUGGGCAGCACACGAUUCUUUUACACGGGGGAGGGUUGUUGAUCUGUUCUCUUUUCCCCCGGGGAAAUGUGUUGAUGCUGAUCUCUGUUCACGGGGGAUUUUGUGUUUUGUUGAUCUUUUUAAAAAAUUUGGAUGUGGUUUUAAACGCUGAUGUCUGUUACCGGGGGAAUGUGUGUUGACCCUGAUGUCUUUUACACGUGGUUUGUGUGUUGUUUGCGGGAUCUUUUUUUAAAAGUGGAUGUUUUGUUAUGCUAAAUCUUUUUACACUUUGGAGUGUGUUGGUGAUUCUUUAAAAGGAUUGUGUUGAGUAAAUGUCGUUCCCCGUGGAUUGGGGUUUUGGGAGUGAUCUUGUUACAGUGGAGUGGGGUUAAAUGCUGAUGUUUUUUCACGGGGGGAUGGGGGUUUUGAUGGUUGUUUUUAUGAAUAUUUUUGUCAUUUUUUACUAGGGGUAUACUGAAGUAUAAUUAAAGCUUUCCAUAAGUUUUCAAAGGCUUUUAUUGAAAAUUACUUUUAUUUUAUGAAAAGAGUAAAUUUUUUCCCGGGUGUUCCAGUGUUACCCUUUUUUUUUAAAAGGCCCUCUGCAAUCCCCCGGGCAUGCGGGCCCAAUUAAUUUCUGGGCCACAUCCUGAUGUGGCAGCCCAUUUUUGCAAAUCAAUGCUGGGUUUGUCAAAAUUUUGGGGGUUUUUUUGUUUGUCCACCCCCUCUUGAAAAAUCGACCAAAAGUUCUAAAGGGGAAAUAAUUUUGGGGGGGAGUUUUUUGGCCAUGGCCCAAAAAAAUUCUGAUUUUGGUUUUUCCCCCAGCCCCCUUAGUUAUAACUUUUCCCCUUAGGGCAAGGUGCCCCCAAUAAAGGGCUGGAAAAGGCUUUUGGUCGUCCCCAAAACUUUUUCUUGGUUUGGUUGGGGGGAAAAGGGGCCCUUUGGAGGAUGUGUUGGUCCCUUUCUUUAUUCAGGGCCCGGUGUUUGGGGCAAAAUUGUGAGUGACCCCCACCCCCUUUGGGCUAAAAAGCAACCCCACACAGAAAGGUUUUUUUUCCAAGGUUGUUUAAUUUUGGCAUGACCCGGAUGAUGGUAGACUCAAUUUGUUUUUCCCCGGGACAAGGUUUUUUUGGGGGUUCCCCCCAAACAAUGGGAAAGGGGAUUUCAGAAAAAAGGAUUUUAAACCCCAGUCCUCAUUUAGUCCAAUCCCUGUCCCUUUUGGGCAAAAUUUCCCGGGGUUGUCCCUGAGGGUUUUUUUCCGGGGAGAAAAAGGGGCCCUUUUUUUGCCCCCCUUUUCUUGACAGGGGGGGACCCAUUCCCCCAAAAUUUAUUGCCUCCCCCUGUGCGGGGGCAGAUUCACCCCCAAAAAUUUUCCCCCGGGGGGCCGGGCAUUCCUGAACCAAGCCCCCUUGGGUUGGCUUUGGUUGGGUUUUGCCCCCGGGAUAACCGCCCUGAAUUAAAAUUUAGGGGGGUUUCCCCCGGGCCCGCUUGCGGCCUUUUGGGCCCCCCCGGCACCUUUUCUUCACAACAAAUUGCCACCCCUUCCCUUUGGGGACGUUCUUGGGGUCCCCGUUUCCCUAAAAAGGUUAUUUUUGAAAAGGUGCCUUUGGGGUUGUUUAAAGGUUUUAAACCCCAUACUAGCGGGGCAAAUCCUUUGGGCCUUGAAGCCCUUUUUGCUCCAAAGCAAAAUGUUUGAGGGCAGUGUUUUUCCUUGCAGGGUUAACCUUUUGGGGGUUUAAAAGGGAAAAAGGAAGGAAAAAAAACAAUGAUUCCCAAGAAACCACCCUCCUUUUUAAAUUUCCCAGUCUUUUUUAUUUUCUAACUAAAUUCACUAGCAGAUUUAAAUCUCCCCCUUUUGCCCUCGUAAAACACUCUCAUUUGUGUUAACGGAAAAAAUCACUGACAUGAUGGGCCAGCGGGUUUCCUUUUGUGGGGGGGUGCAGGGUUGAAAUGGGGGGAAAUGUUCUUUUUUUUUUUUAGGGAUGAAUUUUUUUUUAGGGCAAAGGGGGGAACUUUGCAAAAAUUGUGGAAAUUUUAAUUUGACAUUUGUCAUAAAAAUUCGGGAAAGCAUAGGCAAUUGCCACAAAAAAAACUAAAGGCCCACAACUUUUUUGAAAAGAUUUCAUUUGUGUCUUCUCAGAACGUUUUGCCCCGACUGUACGUGGGGUUUUGCAAUGAAUGUUUGACGUCAGGGUAAAGGGUUUUUUUUGGUUUUUUCUAGGGGAAAAGGGGUUUUUGGUAGGUUUAAGUAUUUGUUUUGUUUUUUCCCUUCCCCUUGGGAGACGUGAUUUUUGUUGAGUUUGGAACUGUCAACAGUUUUGGUGGGAUUGCUAUGAACUAACCCGAGGAACUUUGACCCUUUGAAAAAAUAAACGAUUUGAAGGGGGGUCGCAUCUUUCGAAUUUCUGUAGAGGAGGGGAUUUUGGGGGGUUUUGUUCCCCUGCCCUGUUUUCGUAAUUGUUCUAACACCUUACUCCCCAAAAGGAAUUUUACCCCCAAAGUUUUAAGUUUUUUUAACUCUCUUUAACUUUAAUCCCUUCUUAUCCCCUUUUAUUUCCCCUUUUCUUUUCCCUACUCUUUCCCCCUUCCCCUUUUUAAACCCUUUCUACCUCUAAAACUUUUUCCCCCUCCUCUUUUCCUUUUCUUGGGCCCCCCCUUUUUCUUUUUUCUCUUUUUGGGUUUCCCCCAAAACCUCACAGUGAUCCCCACCCAAAUUUUCCCUCACCCCUUCAAAAGGGAUGUACUUUCCGGGUUUUCCUACAAACAAAAAGUUCUUCACUCCCUUUUACAGAACCUAAAAAGGAAACCACAAGGAAGAGUUUCGAACUGAACAGCCUAAAAAAAAGCCCCCACUAGGCCUUAUUUUAAAUUUCAUUCCUAAAAAAACUUUGGGGGGGUGCGGUUCGUGAGUGGUGUGUGGGGGGUUUUGGUUUGUUUUUUGUUUUGUUUUUGGUAAGGUGUGUGUGUGUUGGGUGGUGCUUUCGUGGUUGUGAUGUUGUUGGGUUUGUUGUGUGGUUUUGUGUUUGUGGGUUCUUUAAGGGGGUUUCUUUGGGGUUGAGGGGGGGGGUUUAAACCCCGGGAGGGUUCCCUGGGUUCGGAAAAAAAAUUAAAAAGGGAACCCGCCCCCUAUUAUGGGCCCACUUUGCGAAAAAAUCCAUUAAGGGUUUUUCCAGAUUUUCGUGAAAAACUUUUUAAAAUAAAACCUUUAAAAUUUAAAUCUUUUCUUCCUCCUUCCGUUCUUUUUCUUUUUCCGGUUCCACUCCCCCCCCCUUUUGGGGUCCCCCUUUGCCACUCCCUCCUCCCUCUCCUUUUUCCUUCAAAGCCUUUUUCCCUUUUAAAAUUUUCUUUCCCUUUCCCCCCCUUUUCCCUCCCUCCCCCAUCUCCUCUUCCUUCUCUUCCUUUUCUCCUUCUUCCCAAAAAAAAAACCUCCUUUUCUUUUUCCCAAUUUGGGGUUUUUCCUUUUAAAACCGGGGGGGUCCGGGGGCCCUCCCCAAAAAACCCUUUUUUUUUUUUCCCCCCCUGGGGGUUUUCCCCCCCCCCCAAAAAAAAAAUUUUUUUUCCCGGGGGGGGGCCCCCCCCCUCCCAAAAAAUUUAUUUUUCCCCUUUUUUCCCCUUAAUUUUUCCCUUAUCCCCCCUUUCCUCUCUCUCUCUUCUUCUCUCUCCCCUCUCUCUCCCCUCUCCCCCCAAAAAUACACCAAGGUGUAGUGUCCAAAUAAGCACAUUUCGUUAAAACCCAAACACCUGUCUGUCCAUCUCCACCGGGAGGAAGGCAGGUCUGGAGAGGACCCCCAAAACGUCCUCUCCCAAACCCACUACAUCAGGGGACUUUUAUGGGCAGUCUUUCAGCAGGGUCCUCUCUGGGGUUAGUCUUCCACAAACACUGAAGAAAGGGCCAGCACCUACUUCAUUAAAAUUCCAAUUGAAGCUUAAUUUUACACAUGUAGUAUUUCGUUUGCCACAGUAUUAUGGAGGGUUCAGUGGGAAAUGCAACCAAAAAACCUACAUUGGAAUGAAAAAAGGGGAAAAAUACCAAUUGCCAUCUCAAAUGGUUUCGAAAAAAAUAUUCUCCUUCCUCUUCUUCUAGUUUGGUUUUCCCAAAUCCCUGGGGAAAAAGGGGGCAGCGAGACGAGAAAACAAAAAGUUUGGGAAAAGAUCCAGAAGAGUGUUUGGAGCUGAGAUGGGGACCAACCUGGGGUGGUGGGGGAAAAGGGAGGGGGGGGGCUCCAUCCUAAACUACCCCAGAAAAGUUUGGCUCUCGGCUGGGAGACCCCCCCCGGGUUUCCCCUACCUUCCCCAGGGUGGAACCUGUGAGAUGGACCAGUAAAAAGCUACGGGGAGAUCUUUUGAUACCCCAAAGGGCACGAAAGGGAAUAUACGAAGUGGGGGGGGAACUGGGGGGGCGACCGGGCCGGGGACCGGAGGGAGAGAGAGAGAGAAAGAGAGCGGGAGAAAAGGGGAGGGAGUUUUAUUCUUCCCCCAAAAACAACCCCGGUAACCUGUCUUUUUGACGCUGAAACUGAGGCUGUAUGGGGCUUUUACUGGGGCGUCGGAGGCGGGUACUGGGGCUGCACUGAGGCUGCACGAAGGUUUGCACUGAGGCUGCAUGGGGCCUGUACUGAGGUGAAACUGUGGCUCCCAACCGGGGAAGGGCUUCACUGAGGUUUUGCCCCCCUUUUUGCUCCCCCAUUUAAGGGCCCCCCCGGGUUUUCCCCCUUAGGGCUUUUUUAUUUUUUUAAAGGUUUGCCAAUUUUGUGGGGCCUUUUAACUGUGGUGCACUGAGGCUGCACUGGGGUUUGCACUGAGGCUGAACUGAGGCCUGUACUGAGUCCCAACUGUGGUGCACUGAGGCUGCACUGGGGCGGGAAACUAGGCUGCACUGGGGCUUUACUGAGGCUGCCUGGGGCUGCUGGGGCUGCCUGUGGCUGUACUGGGGCUGCACUGAGGCUUCACUGGGGGGCUGUCCUUUUGGCCCCUUUAGGCUGAUUUGAGGCGGCACUGAGGUUUUGUACUAAACCCUUGUACUGUGGUUUGUAUUUUAAAUAAAGGCUGUACUUUGGGCUUUUUUGGCUGUACUGUACUGAGAGGCUGUCCGUAUGAGGCUGCAACUGAGGCUGUAACUGAGGGCCUGUACUGUACUGAGGGCUGCACUGAGGCUGUACCUGAGGCUGUACUGUACGGAGGCUGUACUGUGGCUGUACUGAGGCUGUACUGAGGCUGUACUGAGGCUGCACUGUGGCUGUACUGAGGCUGCACUGUGGCUGUACUGAGGCUGCACUGUGGCUGUACUGAGGCUGCACUGUGGCUGUACUGAGGCUGCACUGAGGCUGUACUGAGGCUGUACUGUGGCUGUACUGUGGCUGUACUGUACUGAGGCUGUACUGUGGCUGUACUGUGGCUGUACUGAGGCUGUACUGUGGCUGUACUGAGGCUGCACUGUACUGAGGCUGCACUGUGGCUGUACUGUACUGAGGCUGUACUGUGGCUGGUACUGUGGCUGUACUGAGGCUGUACUGUGGCUGUACUGAGGCUGCACUGUACUGAGGCUGCACUCUGCUGCAGCCUCUACAACCUAAUGGGUUUAUUGGAGGGGAUACAAUAAAUUAAUAAAGUAUUCUUCUUCCUCCUCCUCCUCCUCCUUGACCUCCUCCUCUUGACCUCCUCCUUGUCCUCCUCCUCCUCAGGGUUCGGUAGCAGAGAUUUCCACCAUCGCCUCAGAGGUGGACAAGGUGAACCAGAUCAUCAACAACUGUAUUGAUGUCCUCAAAUCUGAGUCCACGUCGUUCCAGGGGGUCAGGUCAGGCUCUGUGUCGACCGCUGAUCCCCAGCUAGUGCUGAUCUCAGACCAGCCACAGAGACAGUCAGGGUUCCUGUCGCCGCAGUAUAAAGGUAGUUACUGUCAUUACUGUGUAUACACACACAUCUGUCUAACUGUCUGUCUGUCUGUCUGUCUGUCUGUCUGUCUGUCUGUCUGUCUGUCUGUCUGUCUGUCUGUCUGUCUGUCUGUCUGUAUAUCUGUCUGUCUGUAUAUCUGUAUAUCUGUCUGUCUGUCUGUCUGUCUGUCUGUCUGUCUGUCUGUCUGUCUGUCUGUCUGUCUGUCUGUCUGUCUGUCUGUCUAUCUAUCUGUCUGUCUGUCGGUCUCUUCACUCUCUCUAAACAUUUUUUGAAAAAAAGACCUGUUAUAUUUGAAUUAUUGUUAAUAAAUGUUAUAACUUAUUAUUACUUUUUACUAUGCAAUUUGAGCUUCAUAUUGUAGUGAAAAGCACUUUACAAAUGUACAAAAUUAUUAAUAUUAAUUAUUAUUAUUAUUAUUAUUAUUGAAGGAGGUUACCACCACCCUCUCCAGAGACACCACAGUAUGGAAGCUCCAUCCAAACGACCUUCGACCUCCUCCAGCGGUUCCGUCCGCUCCCCGCGCUCCUUCCGCUCCGACGGGCCGUACCGGGGACCCACCGAGACAAAGUACAUCGAGAAGACCUCGCCGGCUGGAACCGGAAUCACCGAAGACACCAUCCUCACCGUGACUCCCGCCGCUGCCAUCUUACGAGCAGAGGCCCAGAAGGUAUUGUACUGUGUGUGUGUGUGUGUGUGUGUGUGUGUGUGUGUGUGUGUGUGUGUGGUGUGUGUGUGGUGGUGUGUGUGGGUGUGUGGUGUGGUGUGUGUGUGUGUGUGUGUGUGUGUGGUGUGUGAGUGUGUGUGUGUGGUGUGUGUGUGUGUGUGGUGUGUGGUGUGUGUGUGUGAGUGUGUGUGUGUGUGUGUGAGUGUGUGUGUGUGUGUGUGUGUGUGUGUGUGUGUGUGUGUGUGUGUGAGUACUAGCCUUCUAUUAUAUUUUUUCAUUUUGGGCUAAAAGCUUUUAUAAAGCAUUUUUAUUUCAAAUAAAUUAAGUUGCUGCUCAUGUCGCUACAAAGCUUUGUGAUAUAUGUGCGUAACUGAAAACAAAUAAAAGUGCUCUACAAAACAAAUGUAUUAAAUCAUAAUAAUAAUAGAUGUAUUUUAUAUAGCGCUUUUUACAUGUAGUUCUUGGGCUGGACAAUGGUGUUCAAUUAUAAUAGUAGUAUUAAUAUAGUAUAGUGAUAAUGAUAACUACAUAAUAGUAAUAUGUAAUAGUAUUAUAUAAUUAUUAUUAUAAUUAUAUUUAUUAUAAGGUCCGACAGUACACGGAGCAGCGCCACUCGUACCCGGGCCCCCAGCACCCCCUCCCUGACCCCGAGGAGCUAGAGGAGCUCAGUAGCAGUAAACCCUCUUCCAUCCUGGAACCCCUCACCCUGGGUCGGCACCCCAGAGAGCUAGGUAACACUGAUUGGUUGGUUGGUUGGUUGGUUGGAUGAUCGGUCGAUUGGUUUGAUUGAUUCAUUGACUGUGUGUAUAUAUGCUGAGUUUGACAAACCAAUUUCCCCUCAGGGAUGAAUAAAGUAUUCUUAUAAUAUUUUAUAUUUUCUAGCCUACGCCCAGCUGUCGCCGCAGUACCACAACCUGAGCUAUGAGUCCAGUCCUGAGUAUUCCUGCACCCCGUCGCUAGGCAUCUGGGAGAGGUUUAAACUCCACCGGAAGAGACACAAAGACGAGGAUUACGAGGAGGAAUACAUGGCGGCGGGACACGCGUUGAGGAGGAGUUUGCAGGUCGCCAAGGACGAGGAUCUGCAUGACAUACUAGACUAUUGGAAAGGUGUCUCGGCACAGCAGAAGUCGUGAAGGGGCUGGGUCGGGAUGUGAUGAGGCUCUGGCACUACUUAGUUGGGCAUAAAGGAGGAUGGAGGCCGCAUGGAGACUAAAGGGCUUUAUUCAAUCUGUAAAGCUGAAGCG